AGACGUUCCUAUUACAAACGAGGAAGUAAAUAAUUUUAUUUACGCAAUGAAUAUAUCGCAUCUUUUACUGUCUAACUUAUUCUGAAGUUGUUGAUAUACUGUGACUGAAUCAGUUUAAUGAGAUCAAGCAGAAUGUAUAAUGUAAGUAUAUAUAGAUGUAAAAGUAGAUUAUAUUUAUAUGUUGAUCUAUAUGUAUAUGUAGAUAUAUAUGUAGACGUAGAUGCAUAUCUAGAUGUGUAUUUAUACGUCUUUGUAGGUGGAUAUGUAUAUGUAGUUGUAGCUGUAGAUUUUUACUUAGAUGUAUUGGUAGAUUUCUAUAUGAAGAUACAUGAAAUGUGUAGCAUUUGACUUUUGGUUCAAAAUUCAUGCAAAAUAGACCCUUAGGCAACCCUUUCUUUUUAUAAUAUGGUUAUAAUGCUACCUGGACGUAUUCGAUAUGGAUUGAAAGCUUAGCCUAUAUAUUGUUUAAUAAUAUCGCCCACUUAAUUGUCCAGACAUAAUCCUGGAAGAAACUCGUUGUUCCGCCAACAUAUUAAUUAGCGUUCAAACACGCUUUUUAAUUGGUCGCAAUUCAAUUUUUUCUCUCAUCGCCAAUGAUCAAUGGUCGGCUUGGAUUUCACCCAGAUUAAACAAAAAGUUGAGCGAAUUUGGAGCUCUACUUAACAUGAUAAUAAAAAAGGCCUACCAAUAAAUUACUAUAAGAAACAUUAUUGCUUGCACAUGACUUAUGGUUUAAACUAAAGCCUACGUUUUACCUAAUUACACAAAAUUAAAAUAAAUAAUAUUAUUUUUAAAAUAUUACCAAAUGUUUUUUAUUCAUUUUCUUGCGAUGUGAUAUUUAAAAAGGUAUUUCGUUGUCAAUGACAUUAUUGUGGAGAAUGAUAAAGUUGAAUUUCACUGAAUGAAUGAUUGAAUGAAAUAAGCCAAGGAUUCCCAAAUAAUUUUUUUGAAAUUUAUAACAAAAAUAAGUAUUGAAAUGUCACCAUUCCCUUAGAUUUUUUUCUGAGUAAUUGCAUAUUAUUUUUGAAAAAAAAAAUCCCCACUCAGCCUUGUUAUAUAUAUAUAUAUAUGUGUGUAUAUAUAUUUAUAUAUAUAUAUAUAUAUAUAUAUAUAGGGCUUCCUAAGUCACAAUGUGACAAGGGUGUCGACUUCGCAGGACGAAAUCACAAGGACUGCAAUUUUUAUUUUUGUGGAUGAUACAGCUUGGCAACAAUAUAACAAAAAUAAGUAUUGAAAUGUCACCAUUCUCUUAUAUUUUUUUCUGAGUAAUUGUAUAUUAUUUUUGAAAAAAAAAAUCCCCACUCAGCCUUGUUAUAUAUAUAUAUAUAUGUGUGUAUAUAUAUUUAUAUAUAUAUAUAUAUAUAUAUAUAUAGGGCUCCCUAAGUCACAAUGUGACAAGGGUGUCGACUUCGCAGGACGAAAUCACAAGGACUGGGAUUUUUAUUUUUGCGGAUGAUACAGCUUGGCAACAGUAGCGUCGCAGGAAUAUUUCAUUGUGUCAAUUGUAUCCGCCUACGGGACUCGAUCUCUGGGUUUUAAAUCAGAGUUUCCUUGUCUUAGAUGAGUCAAUGUGUCCCAUCUACCCGGGGUGCUGGGGAUGUUUUUGCUUGACUGCUUAUUUCUUGGGGAUUGAACUUCAGACCGCAAUCUUGGGAUUGACCAUGAGACAGGCGACGGCAAAACGUAUUUCAUACGCAGGCAUGCAAACAUAGACAUUUCAACACGUGAUAGACAAAUAAUGAAACUAUGUUUGUUUACGUUGUCAAACUAUUCUUUGUGUUUUAAAAGUAAUACAAUUCUUGUGAAUGCACCUUACAAUGCAUAACUUCUAGCCACAGACAGUAAUUCAAUGUUCAUUUAUAUAGUAUGUAUUUUUAUACAAGUUGCUUUGUGUAAGAGAUUAAGACUCUAAGCCCCAAAAUUAUUAUGUGUAGUUAAGUAAUUAAGGGAAUUGAAACCAUUAUUCUAAUUGAUCGCCAUACUAUCAUCAAUAUAAUAUAGCUGAAGUAUACAUUAACCAUCUCGCUCUUUGUCCUACGAGUUGUGAUCGUGGCAAGAGUUAUCCGCACAUGCAUAGCCUAACAUGCUAAACUUUUACAUGGAUAAAACAUUGUUUUUCCCUAUCAAAGUAAGGCUUCAUUUUAUUCUCUGUUUCUUUAUUGUUUACGCUGAAUUCGUCAGAUGAGAAGUCCUUUUGAAGGUUGUUUUUUUCGUUAUUCAGGUCUCGAAAUACAUUUUUCCUUACUAAUUCAUAGACUGUCACAGAAGCGACCAGUCCCCUAAAAAUCUUCUUUUGUCCCGCAACACUGUCUACAUUCGUUAUCAUGAACAAGGAUGUAAGUUAGCUUGAAAUGUUUAUUGGCUUACUUUAAAUCUGUCCGUAAACAUUACGAAGAAAAUAAUAUGUGCAAUUACAAUGGUACCGAUAACUUAGAGUCGUCAACAAGUUUAUUCACAAUCUCAAAAUAAUUUGAUGUUGAACUUGCGACCAUUUAAAAAAAGUCAGUUUAUCUGGAAUUUAUACUUCUUUUUUAAGAUAAUCAUUGCUUGAAAAUUGAUUUGUUUUGCCAGAUUCUCUCUCGUAAAUAUUCAGUUUUAAAAAACGUACUAUAUGAAAUAUAAAUUUUUUGUUGUUAUGAUUUCUAAAAUUUCAGAUGUAAAAUUAUAUAUAAUCUUCUGAAAAAUGAAUGUAACACUGUCAAUGUGUUUAUACAAUGGUAUUAGUUCUUUAGAAUGUGUUUAAAUCAUUGGUCAAAUGAUAUUAUGAGGUUUUUGCCCGUAUUUAAGGUCAUGUACCAAGUGCUAUUGCUGUUAUUUUGACUGAUACAUGGGUGCUCAUCCCUCUGAUGGUUCACUAGUCCGAGCGUUGAACAUAAUAACGAAGAAUACACAGCGCACUAAUAAAUGAUCGAACAACUCCCCGGCAACAGUUAUAAAGAAGGUUUUUAUUGAUGAAAAUAGUGCAACAAAUCCAGCUAUGGCUAUUUCAUAAAUUUCACCAAAGGUCUAUCAUUGACUACGACCACUAUCAAUAUGUCUGACACUUCAGAUGGACCGUUUCAAUUCUACUGUCUAUGUCACAGAAAGCUCCAUCUUAUAUACGAUUCUCUACCUCCAUAGGUGGUCCAGGAAUGAUGUCUAUUAACACAUGCCUGUCCACUCAUUUCCAGUCAAUUUGAGAACUACGGUCGUUAAACCUAAAUUAUACAUGCACGUAUCAGACGUAAUCAUAGUGGUCGUAGUCAAUGAUAGACGUGCAACUAUUAAAAAUGUAAACUUUGAGUAAGAGAUGUACAUGAAUGUUAUUACAAUUACAAAUUCAAGGAAAACGUGAAAAAAAUAUCAGAGUAGAUUAGAUUUUCUUUGUUCCAAAUAAAUGAUAUUUUUAAAUAUUACAUUCUACUCAUUCUUUUUUAGCAUUUCAAUAAAUAAAUAGAUAUUUCAACCAAGACAACAUCUUACACUUAAAGCAAUUUUAAACAAGAGACAUUUAAGGAUAAUUUCAAUUUUGUUUGAGAAUAAGUUAAGAAAGAUAUGUCACUCUCUUAUUAUAGUACAAGCUAUAUAAAUGAAAAAUAGUUUAGAUAUUAGUAAUGUACUACUUCUCUUUUAGUAAAAAAAAUCACAAUAUUCUUCAAUUCUUACACAACAAAAAUUGUUUCUAAUUUUUUUUCUUUAGCAACCUUCAAUGUUGGCGUUGGCAAGUUUUGUUAUUAUUACUAUGUUCUUGAAGACAGUAAUCUGCGGAAAUAUAAUCAUAAACAUCUGUGGAGACAGUGCAUGUAUGAAUUAUUAUAAGCAGAUUGAAGCUGGGCAAAACAUCGCCGAAAAGUCAGUAUUUUAUAUUAUUACUUUUUUCUAUAAAGAAUUAGUAUGUUUUUUCAAAAUUUAUUUUCAGAAUAUAAGUUUAUCAGUGUUGAGCUGAUAAUAUAAUUUAAACUAAAAUUUUCAUAUAUAGUUAAAUGGGAAUCUCAAUUUAUAAUAAUGUGUACUCACGGAGCAGGAUAGCAGACAUUUGAAAAAUAAAUUUUUAAAUGACUUUUAUUAUUAUUCAAGAAUGUCCCAAAUGGUGUUUGAAUUCUCCAUUAAGUUAACGUUUCUGACAGAUAUCUUAAAGCCUCAUCUAAAUUAAAUCUCAUGUUUUAUUUUCACAGAUUAAUAGACAAUUUUAACAAUGGAUCGUCUUCUUCUUUUUCAAUGAAGUAUAGCGUUCGUGGUACACCUUUUGUUGUAACGGAUAUUGCAUUUUUAAAUACAGAUAAUGAUAGCACGUUUUUCAAAUGCUGGGACCAAGCAAACAUAGAAAGUGUAAUAUGUGAAAGACAAACCAUGAACCAAUGUAAGUUGACGUUGUCAAACGAGUCUUGCUGUUCAAAUAGAAAUGCAAUUCUCUGGAAUAAAUCUUCAGAAUUUUUAGACUCACCUGCAAUGAGAAACUUUAGCAUUAAUUGUGGUAAUCAAACCAAUGGACAAAUCUUAUUUGUCUAUGAAUUAGUACACUCUCCAUCAUCUUCAAAUACACUUCUAAUAAAAUCAACACCGUCAACAGAACAUCAAGAAAUGGACAACAAAUCUACUGUUAUCAUUAUUGGUCUCAUUAUUGGUCUCAGUGCUGCAGUAAUCUUAGCAGUUACCCUGAUCAUCAUCGGAGUUAUCAUUUUGAAAAAAUGGACAAAUCUUAAAAAUCAAACUUCAUGCAAUAAAAGUAAUGAUUUGAAUCUAAAAGAUGGUAACAGAGAUCAAAGCAACGGUAAAGCACAAGAACAGAAACCUAAUAAUAAUAUCACAGCUGUUCGACAUUUCCCUGAUACAAGUAAAGAUGUUUCAGGGGAAAAAAACAACAAUCAACAUAAAGAACAAGAUUUUUAUUUAGAUGUUAUUGAUAGCAACAUACCUUAUAAUGUAACAUCAUAUGAAGACGUACAGGAGCUGUCUUCUGGAUAUGUCAAUACGGCAAUAGAAACGGUUAGCACAAAAAAUGCUUGUACAUCUCUAAAGACAGAGACGACUGGUGUAAAACAUAAAAACACUGAGAAUGGAAUAGAAGAGACACAAGCACCAUUACAACUCAAAAGUAUGAAUGAUGCCAUAAUAAUGGAUAAAACUUAUCAAGAAUUGAAUGAAUACGAUAGUCUGACUCGAGAUAGUGAACCUCCACAACUUUAUAGUAGAAUUGUAAUUGAACACUGAGCUGGUAUUAUUUAAUUAAAAAGCUAUACUUGUGUGGAAAAUAUGACAAAGUUUUUAUUUUAAAAAACUAAUUUAAAAAAAAAAAAACUACAAGCUUAAAAUAGUAAAAAAUCAAAGAGCAUUUAUUACCUUUAUUAUGUUAUUUCAUUUUCAAUUGUAAACAAAAUACUCAGCACUCAUAUUUAAGUUUAGUUUCAUUUAAAAUAUGUUUGAUAUAAUGUACUUUUGAAUACGUUUUGGCAAAAUAGUGUUGCUUAUCUGCGUGUUAGUUUUUAAAGUAUCAAACUUACCCAUCGUACCUAUCUUACCCAUCAGAUCCAUCGGCAACUGUUGCAAAGAUAUAUAUUAUGUAACAUAUAUUUGAAAUGAAAGAUGAAUUUUUGUACAUAUUUGAUGCGUUAAUCCGAAACAAUUCAAGUGAAGUUUAUUGAGCAAAGCUCUUACCUACAAUUUUAUAUUCAUAAACAUUUUUUAAUGAAAUUUAAAAAAAAAAGAAAAGAAAAUUAAAUUUUCAAUUCAUAAGUUAUAAUAAAGAUAUAUUUUUGUGAGUAGAAGCACAUGGGAAUGACUAUAUAAAAAGCGAUUUGUAAAUGUAUGUAAGGUAUUUUUACUAUUUUUAAAUAAUUAAUUUGUAUGUCUUUCAUUUUUAAAUUUUAUAUUUUUAAAUUAGUUUCAGUUCAACUUCAUAGCUGUCAGUUAAAACAUAGAUGGGUGAAAAGAAAAAUUUAGUCUACACUUUUGUUUUAUUUUGAUGUCCUUAGAUGGCAAUUUUGCAAACAUGGAACAAUUUUAUGGCGGGCAUUAAACCAAACAAUGAUUUUAAUGCACGUUUUAAUUGAGAUUGUAUACGUAUUUUAUAAUAUGAAUCUGAUAUGUUGAUCCAAAAGAGAUUUCUAUUCAGUUAAGUUGAAAUAUACAUUUUGAAUACAUCACCCAUUGAUUUCAAUCUGAAGAUCUCGCGACAACCUGAUCAUUCUGUACAUGUUCUUUUUAAUUAAAAA